AUGUCUGUGACUUCAUCUGCACCAAUGGCGCCCACUAGGACUAGACAACGUAACAAUGUAUCAACAAAAUUCCAAAAAUGGACUCCGGAAGAAGAUGCUGAGCUUACAAGUCUUGUUCAAGGACAAGAUAAAGUCAAUUGGAACGAGAUAGCCAAGCAUUUUCACGGUAAGUCUUCGCAGCAGAUCUUGGAACGUUGGACUAAAGUACUUGAUCCUACUUUAAUGAAGGGAUCAUGGACUCGUCAAGAAGAUGAAACUAUUAUUAAUUUUGUGAAGCAAAAAGGAACAAAAAGCUGGACAAAAUUGGCCGAAUUAUUACCAGGACGCAUUGGCAAACAAUGUCGUGAAAGAUGGAUUAACCAUCUUGAUCCUGACAUCAACAGAGGGCCAUGGUCCCCAGAAGAAGACCUACGACUCAUGGAAUUACAUUCACAGUUCGGAAAUAAGUGGGUUAAAAUUGCUUCCUUAAUGCCACAUCGUUCAGAUAACUCAAUUAAAAAUCGAUGGAAUUCAACUCUUUGCAAACGCUCUCAAAUGAUGACACCAGAAUCACAGAAAUCAGUUAAGUUCGUUCCAAAGUCUGCCGAAGAUAUGCCAAGGCCAUCUUUACUUCCAGAUGAUGAUCAAUCCUGGACUCAACGCUCAUUCACACCAUUAGGUACAAUUGGUUUGAUUUCUCCAUUAGCUCCAAACGGAAGCCCAUUUACUCUUCAAUCUCCUAUCAGCAGGAUGGGACUCGUUUCUCCAUGGAUUGAAACACCAAAAAGUCUAUUUGCUUCCCCAAUGAAAGGGAAUAAUAACAUUUCCCCUUCAUUAUCUGAGAGCCGCCAGGAACUAACGAAUUUGAUAAUGAAGCAAUGA